UAAUGAUCGGUGUUAUAACGUUUAUGUUGGUUUUCGUACACAUUAGUGAAAAUGCGGUGUAUGUUGGAAAGAUACACGAAUUGGACAAUGAUCUGAAUAAUCUAAAAUUCACAAAAUUACUGAAUGUAAAGUUGGAAAAUAAACCGGAUCCAUGGAAAACCGAUAUCAAUAGUUUACUUCAACCAGAUUACGAGGACAACAAUAUUGGUAAAAAAGACAAUUAUGUAGAAGUUCCAAUUAAGUUUUCGUUCGCUGUUGACAAAGAAAAAGAUAGAAAUGAUAAUGUAAAUAAUAUAUUAACUAUGUUAAAUGGGUGUGAAGCCUUGGUUGGUGUAAGCAAAAUUCCGUUAUGUCAUCUUAACAAGCUACAUCAGAGCGUAGAUAUCAAAAAAGCUUAUCCAAGAAGCUGCAGAGAAAUUCUAGAGAGUGGUAUAAACAAAUCUGGAAUAUAUGAAAUUAAACCCAGGACUAGCAGUAAACCGUUUUCUGUUCUGUGCGACAUGGAUACUAAAGGAGGAGGUUGGACUCACAUUCAGAAGAGAUUUGACGGUUCUCAAGAUUUCUAUUUAGGUUGGAGAGAGUACAAGUUUGGUUUCGGUGAUUUAAAUGGAGAAUUCUGGAUCGGACUUGAAAAUAUAUAUCAUAUGACUGCUUUUGAGUCAAAUGAAUUGUUAAUAGAAUUGACCGAUCGGGAUAAGAAAAAAGCAUAUGCACAAUAUACGUCGUUUUCAAUUGGUCCUGAAAAGGAUGGUUACCCAUUAAAUGUGCUCAAAGGAUUUUCUGGAGACGCUGGAGAUGCCUUAACACCUCACUUAAAUGCCAAAUUUACUACCUUUGAUGUCGAUCAAGACACGAAUCCAGGAAACUGUGCAAAAAUAUAUGAUGGCGCCUGGUGGUAUACAAGUUGCCACGCCAGUAAUUUAAAUGGAAAAUAUAUGAAUAUUGCACUUUCUGACGCCUACAAACACCACGGUCUUAAUUGGUCAGGAUUUAGGGGUCACGAAUACAAUUUAGCUGGUUCUAGAAUAUUAAUACGGCCCAUAGGAGCAUAGAAAUUAAGAACGAUGAUACAAUUUACUUAACUGUAGUAAACUAUCUCAAAUUUAAAAUUUAUUUAUAAUUUAAAAAAUAA